CAUGUCCUGCAAGAUAAGAUAGCGCCUAUUGUGCAGGCACCUCAGCCCAAGAAUAGCGAUGAACUACGAUCAUUCCUGGGAAUGCUGUCCCACUAUCGUCGUUUCCUACCUGAUGCCUCGACCAUUCUUGCUCCAUUAAACGAACUGUUACACAAAAACAUCCCGUGGAUGUGGAAAAGUGAGCAUCAAUCUGCUUUUACUUGUGCAAAGAAGUGUCUUGCUUCCGCACCUGUUUUGGUCCAUUACGAUAGUGAAAAACCGUUAAUCUUACAAUGUGACGCCUCUCCAUACGGAGUCGGAGCAGUUCUAUGUCACAAAAUGUCCAAUGGUAUCAUACACCCGAUUGCAUUUGCUUCACGAACUUUACAACCAGCCGAAAAGAAUUACUCCCAGCUGGAUAAAGAAGCCCUGUCAGUUAUAUUUGGCGUCAAGAGGUUUCAUCAGUACAUUUGGGGGAACUAUUUCGAAAUACAAACUGACCACAAACCACUGAUAUCUUUGCUGAGCGAGUCAAAGGGAAUCGAGCAGAUGUUUUCACCGAGAAUGCAACGCUGGGCAUUAAUAUUAAGUGCAUAUAAAUAUCGAAUCUCGUAUAUUCCUGGGUUGAACAAUCAUACAGCGGAUGCAUUAAGCAGGUUACCACAUGCGACCCCAGACGAAAUACUGGAGGAACCAGUAGAGCUUGUAAAUCUAAUGCAACACCUCGACACCACUCCAUUGACAGGUGACACCAUACGUCAGUGGACCGAUCGUGACCCAACGCUAUCUUCUGUAGUGCGAUUUACAAAAACCGGCUGGCCUACUACAGUUCCCGUCGAUCUUAAACCUUACGCACAACGGAAAAAUGAAUUGAGCCUUCACGAUGGAUGCUUGUUUUGGGGAUCGCGCCUGAUUCCACCGCUAAAGGCACGGCCGUUCAUCAUAAAGGAACUCCACAACGCACAUCCAGGCGUAGCCCGAAUGAAAGCCUUGGCGCGCGGUUAUUGCUGGUGGCCUGGCCUAGAUACAGAGAUAGAGAACUAUCUAAAAACAUGUGGUUUGUGUCAGCAGUAUCAGUCAAAUAAACCUCCCGGUCCGGUACACAAUUGGCGUUGGCCUGAAAAGCCAUGGCAGCGCAUCCAUGCGGAUUACUUUGGACCCAUUAAUGGUGUAUUCUUCCUGCUGCUAAUUGACGCUCAUUCGAAAUGGAUAGAUGUUUAUCCCGUUGCCCACCCUACUACAGAGACAACUAUCUCCAAAAUGCGGUCGUCAUUUGCAAUAUUUGGGAUACCGGAGACACUCUGCACAGACAAUGGGCCAUGUUUCACUAGCAAAGAAUUUGAAAUCUUCAUGAAUAGCAAUGGUGUCCAGCAUGUCCGUACAGCUCCGUAUCACCCUGCUUCUAAUGGGCUAGCGGAAAGGGCGGUACAGACAAUUAAAAGAGGUCUCUCGAAACAAGCACCAGGAACUGUUCAGACGAGGUUAGAUCGCUUGCUGUUUGCUUACAGAAUAACGCCCUCGGAAGCCACUGGUAAAUCACCCGCGGAGAUGAUGUUUGGCAGAACACUCCGUACCAGACUGGAUCUUCUGUUUCCAAAUCAUAGAGCACAAAUGGAGAAGAAACAAGACAAGGCUGCCGCAUCGCAAAAUAACCACGACUCUAGUUGGCAGCCGGGUGAUCCCGUAUACACAAGACUUCCCCAUGAGCACUGCUGGCAACCCGCAACCGUAAUUAAAGGUGACUGUACCCAAGCCGAUCUUGAAUUAAAUGGUCGAAUAGUAAGGCGACACUCGGACCAUAUACGAUCACGUUUUGUGGGGACAACAGCAGAUGAACGUCUGGGUGAAUCAGCAACCGUUCAGCCGGAAACGGAAGCAAAACCCCAGGAUUCUUUACAAUCGUCAGAUGAACCAACGCUUCGCAGAUCUCAGCGUACGCAUAAACCCGUUGACCGGUUCGUGCCAGGAGUAUAAACAUUUCAAGAGGUGAGGGGAUGUCACGUACGCGAAUGACUUCGAUCCGUUUACUCAGCCGUGCGUGGAUUGGUUACCACACAAAACAGCCAGCCAAUCAUCAGACACACACCCCCGGUCUCGCAACGCGAGUUCCGU